AUGUUCCUGAGGACAUUCAAGCAGCCCAAUGGACAGGGCACUAUGAUCUGGUCAAGCCCAGUCCAGCAGUCUAGAAUCAUGCAUCUGGCAACCCUCCCUCAUACGCAUCUUGCAUUCACUGUGGAUUUGGAGAGAACUCUCAAAGUGUGGAAUUGUCAGGAUGAGGAUGCUCUGGCUACUCGCAUCACGCCUCGGGCCUGUUUCUCCUUGGAAGCCUGUCUCACAAAGGAUGGCCCAUUCCUGAUGGUAAGUUGGCAUUCUGAAGGUGACAUCUACACAUUGACAGUCCCUGGCUUAAGGAAUGUUUCUAAAGUUAAUGUAUUCAAAUAUAAUGUUGAUCUUCUACACUGCUCUCCUGACAGAAAAUGGAUCUUUGCAUCUACACAUCAACAUCACUUGCCAAAGGUAGGUAUUUUUCACAGCUUGCUUACUGAGACUGUCAGAAGACAAAACCCCUCUGUCUCCCUCCCAUUGUCAUCGUGCUGCAGAGCCUACUGGGCCCCAAGGAGGAUAAACAGGAUAACACUGAUGUUCCGAAGAGGCUCUUCCCAAAAGACAGGAUUUACCACCUAUGAUCUAGCAACUGAGAGGACUGAGGGGAGAACAGUCAUCCAAGCCCAUCAGAUCACAAGUUUCCUGUUGCCAGUUGAUAUGGAGAGUCCUAUUUGCAUGGGAGUCAGUGAUGGAAAUAUGUUUGUCUUUGAGAGUGGGCCAUAUCUAUUCCUUUUCACUAUCAGUGGCCUCCUGCUGCAACAAUUUGAGGACCACCAGAGGACCAUCAGCAACUUAUGGGUAGAUUCUCUCUAUGUCCUCACCACAUCCAUGGAUGACCUCUUUUACAGGUACAUGUGGGAAGAGGAAGGCCGUUAUCCAUACCUCAAGAGCUGCUGUCACCUGGCACACAUAGGAAGUAAUCAGAUACCAAGCCGCUUUGUCUCCAAAGCAAUAUGUGAUAAUUCGAGCAUAGUAUGUGUGGUGUCGAGAACUCGUGAAUCCAGCAUUCUGGUGAUGUAUUCUUUGAAUAUGUAA